AUGUUUGUACACACUCGCAACAGCACGCCUGCUGGCACGCCCCGACUCACUCUUGCCCGUUUCCUGGGAGCCGCGCCAAGUUGUCCGAACGGUCUGAACCGACGAGCGGAACUUUCGGUUUUCGGACGCGGAAGUCCGGACGCCCUCUUUCAUUUCUACCCCGCUCAGCUCGUCCGUGGAGGUGUGGCCCAGCUGACGCCGUGGAAACGCAUCGCCAAUUAUUUAUAACUUCCGUUUCGGGCGAUGGCGAAGCGACGGAGGAGCGCGUAUCUUGGGCGGCUGUCGUCACACGCGUCGGCACGCGCUGAGUGAGGGACGUUCGAGCGUUGGCGGAGGCGGCCUAGGCCUACACGCUGCGGUCUCGGCGCUUUUGGCCAGCUGGCCUGUGAGCAUGGAAGCCCUUUAACCUCCCUGAAUCGACGAUGGCUUCUGGGAUGCUGCUGCGGAGUCGGUGCAAAGAUGGUUGCCGGUGCGACGAGCACACGGCGCUCGCUUCGUCGAGGAGGGUGCUGGAGCGGGUCGGCAGUGGCAACUCGGACGGUUUGGCGCAGUACCGCCUCAUCGACUUCGCUCCGACCUCGCACUCGACCCCCAUUGGUCUUCGGAUUGGCAGACCGGAGCAUUGGGCAGCCAGGCAGCAGGGCAUCCUGAAAACAGAAAGCACAACCAGCCUGCAGAAGACUGUGCAUUUCGAAGACCAGCAAAGUACGGACAGAGCGACCAGCCUGCAGAGUACGGUGCAGUUUGAAGGCCGGCAAAGAACUGACAGGGCGACCAGCCUGCAGGAGACGGCGCGAUUCGAGGACCAUCAAGCGACGGAAAACCACAUGUCGGAGUCCUCGACCGACCGCCUCCGACAGCAUGGCUGGCACCAAAACGGCUGGGCCUCCUCAUCCCGCUCGCAGUGGGUACGUGACAAGGAGUACUCGGAAAGCGAGGAGCAAGUGGAGCAGUGGAACGAAGCACGUUCCAUGACGACCACCGACGCCCGAUGGGGGAGGAUGGCACUCGAAGCAAGGCCGGGCAAGCGGAAGAUCUACGUGGUCACGAGCGAGACCACGGAGGCUCGACAUGUCCAGUGGGACGCGGACGCCCUGCCGGUCGCUUCCCCACCGUUUUCCUUUGCCACACAAAACCUCUGGCGGCGCGUCGAAAAUUUUUCGAGCAGCGUGACGCGGUACAUGUACCUGGCUGCCUGCUGGCUCUUCGUCGCGGACACCUGGCUGCUCUCCAGGGUGUCCCGGGCGCGAAGAAGAUGGGUGCUGGCCUUGCUGCUGCCGCUGCUUCUCUGGGCCUGUGCACCCGUCGCACCACCUCUCUCUUGGCCGUCGUGGGGGGUCCCGGUGACUUCUGUCGAGCAGGGCUUCUCCUGGGCGGGGUCGACCGGCUGGGCGGCCCUGCAAGGCCUGGCCGCAUUCCUGCCGACCUUCCCCGUCUGGUCCCCGCGGGAACGGGCCCCAAACCCUUGCUUGUCUGAUGACCGCCUGGAGGACACGGUCCGGUCAGUGCUGGAACAACGCAUCCACCACCUGGAAGACAAGUGGUCCCAGCAGGACCGUGCACACACGCAGGGCACGCUGGAAGACCUCGAAGGGCUCAAACGCCGCCUGGAGGACCAGGAAGCCACGGCACGCCUGUUGCUGGCAAGGGAUCCAUGCGAAUCCUGCAAGGACGCCCUGGCCGGGACCGUGGACUCCCGCAUCCUGGUCAAGCUGGACGAGGUCCUGGGGGACGCCAAGGCCCUGCGGCACUCGGCGGGGCUGACCGAGGACCUCCUGAAGCGGGAGGCCCUCCUGGAGGAGAGCGUGGCACUCCUGGGGAAAGAGGUGGCGGCUGCCAGAGAGGCUGCGGCGGAGGCCAGGCGCCUGGCCACCCUGCCGCGAGAAGUCCCGGAGCGGCGGGUGGCGGCGACGUCGGACCAUGACGAGACGCUGCGCAUCGUCCGGGACGCCCUGCGCUUGUACGACGCCGACAAGACGGGCCAGGCCGACUUUGCCUUGGAGAGCGCCGGGGGCUCUGUGGUCAACACCCGCUGCACCGAGACUUACAGCGGGGGCGCCAUCCGCUACGAGCUGCUAGGCUUCUCCCUGUGGACCUUCGUGCGCACUGCCCGCACCGCCAUCCAGCCGCAAAUGCAUCCGGGGGAGUGCUGGGCCUUCCGAGGCUCCCAGGGCCACCUGGUGGUGCAGCUGGCGAGACGCGUCCGCCCCACCUCGUUCGCCGUCGAGCACAUCCCCAAGGAGCUGGCCGUUUCGGGCAGCCUGGACAGCGCCCCCAAGGACUUCCACAUCCUGGGCCUGGACUCCGAGACGGACCACGUGGGAAAACUCCUGGGCAAGUACACGUACGACCUGGAUGGAGAGCCGCUCCAGUACUUCCUGGUUCAGGACCCCGACCCCGGCAGCUUCCGGUUCGUGGAGAUGAAGAUCCUGAGCAACCACGGCCACCUCGAGUACACCUGCCUCUACAGGUUGAGGGUGCACGGGGUGCCCAGCGACUGAGGCCGCACCGCGCCACCCUCUCCUAGCCGCAUUGUAGAUAACAUCUUCACUGCCAUCCGCACUCGCCAGCUCGUGCCCCCUCGCACGUCGGUGGAGCCGCCCGGGGAGCAGCGUGGGAUGUGCCUGAGCUGCCGGAGAGUGUGAUCUGCAUUGGGGGGACUCGCCGUCCGGCGGUGUUGUGUUGCGGGUACCCCGUACUGCACGGGCCAACAGCUGGUAGAAGUGGAGCUUAAUUUAUUUCAAGUUUUGCAGUUCGUGUUCCUUUUUCUUUUUUUUAAUCCCACAAGCCGAUUUGGGUGUACAUAAUAGUAGUUCCAAGUGCCAACAUUGCCCUCUCGACGAGAAAAGUAUAGUGGCGCAGAUGCGAGACGCUGCUUGUUAGUUGCACCGGUGUACAUAUGUUUUUUGCUGAAGAAGUUUAUUGUUUGUUGAUGCCUCGUGUGCCUUAGUAUGUUUAUGUUGCAAUCUUUCUAAUUCUUUAACGGAUGCGCAUUCUUCAUUCUCGUGCCUGAGAGGAAUGAUUGGUGUUUUAGCCUUUUUCCCCUUUUUAGAGAAAUAAAGACAAUUGCAAUGACA